CCGCUACUACUACUCCGCCGCCGCCGCCGAAGCCUCCUCCUCUCCUCCUCCGCCGCCUCCUCCUCCGCUGCUCUUUCUCCCGAAGGCUGAGCCCGCCCCCGCAGCCAGCCAGCCAGCCAGCCAGCGAGAAAGCGAAGGCAACGAGCGAGCGAGCGAAGCAGGCACGAGUGCGCCAUCCCACGCCACCUCGCCUCUCGCCUCGCCUCCGCUCGCCCGGCUGCCUCGCCGCCUCGGGGGCCGGCUGGAGACCAGGAAAGGAGGACGGGCCAGCAGCAUCCGAGGGGCCGGGCCGGAGCGGAUCGGGUGGCGGCGGCGGCGGCGUCGGAGUCGAACGGCUGCGCUGCGCCCUCCCCUAUUGUCUCCGCUCCGGCUCGGGACUGGCUCGGGCGGCCGUCGGCGCGGCACAGCGGGCUCGCGGCGCCAUGGUGGCUCGGAGCACAGACAGCAUUGAUGCAACAGGCGAGGGACAAGUCCGUAAUUUGGGCAACGCCACCAGUAACCUCAAGGGAAAACCAAUCAAGAGGCUUUCCAUUACACGAGGCCAUUUUCCCAAGCUGACCGAAUGUGCCCAUUUCCACUAUGAGGCCGUGGACUUUGGACACAUCCAGCUUCAGUUUGCUCCUGAUCAAAAUGAAAACCUCAACAAUUUGGAAGAGGGCAGCCUUUUAUUCCCUGUUCAGGUUACCUGUCAGGGCAAAAGCUGGCAGGUACAUCGCAGCUAUGAGGAAUUCCGCACCUUGGAUGCUCACCUACAUUGCUGUAUCUUUGACCGGCGUUUCUCUCAGCUUCCUGAAUUGCCACCCCUCAGCCACGUGCAAGCUCAUCCUGAGCUCCUGGUGCCCAUGCUUUCACAGUAUCUUGAGAAGCUUUCUGCUAUUGUGGAUAGCAAUAUCAAUUGCAGCCCAGUUCUCACCUGGAUGGAGAUUGAUAAUCACGGCAACCGACUCUUGGUAAAUGAAGAAGCUUCUAUCAAUGUCCCUGCCAUUGCAGCUGCUCACGUGGUUAAACGUUACACGGCACAGGCCUGUGAUGAGCUGUCUUUCGAGGUUGGAGACAUCAUUUCCGUGAUUGACAUGCCCCCCAAAGAGGACAGGAGCUGGUGGCGUGGGAAGCAUGCAUUCCAGGUGGGUUUCUUUCCCAGCGAAUGUGUGGAACUAUUCUCAGAACGUCCUAGUCCAGGAGUCAAACCAGAUGCAGAGGGGACAAGCUGUGUCCUCCCCAGGACUCCUGGCCUCCUGUCCCCAACCUCAGUGUCUAAGAAACAUGGCAAGCUCAUUGGGUUCCUUCGUACUUUCAUGAAGUCUAGGCCCAGUAAACAGCGCCUGAAGCAGCGGGGAAUCCUCAGGGAGAGGGUUUUUGGCUGUGAUUUGGGAGAACACCUUAAAAACUCAGGCAGUGAUGUCCCCCAGGUAUUACGUUCUUGUUCCGAUUUCAUCGAAAAACAUGGCGUCGUGGAUGGCAUUUACCGUCUCUCCGGUGUCUCCUCCAACAUCCAGCGUUUGCGGCAUGAAUUCGAUAGCGAGCGGGUACCUGAGCUCUCCAAAGAUGUUUACUUGCAAGACAUCCAUUCCGUCAGCUCUCUCUGCAAGCUCUACUUCCGGGAAUUACCGAACCCUCUGCUCACCUAUCAGCUCUACAAUAAAUUUGCGGAGGCUGUCUCAGUUUCUGGGAACGAAGAGCGCUUAGUGAGGGUACAUGAUGUGAUCCAGCAAUUACCCCCACCACACUACCGGACUCUGGAAUUCCUGCUACGGCAUCUGGCACGCAUGGCUAUGCACAGUCAAAACACCAGCAUGCACAUCCGCAACUUAGCCAUCGUUUGGGCACCCAACCUGCUGCGGUCGAUGGCUCUGGAGUCAGUCGCACAGUGUGGAGCCGAUGCCUUUCAGGAAGUCCGAGUUCAGUCCCUCGUGGUCGAAUUCCUCCUCACCAAUGUUCAGGUUCUCUUCAGUGACACCUUCACCUCCAUCGGCAAGGACAGCACAGGACGUUGCUUCCUUUCUCGACCCAAAUCCCAGUUGGUCAGCUGCCCUUCCACCCGCUUGUUAUCUCUUGAAGAAGCCCAAGCACGCACCCAGGCCCUCUGCAAGAUCACCAAGCUGGAAGCCAGACGUGGAUCUCCAGAUCCACAGGACCAAGGGAAAUUCUCUGCUGUUUUGGGAUCACCUAAUACCAGGCAAAAGACAGAAAACAAUGGCAAGCUGCGGAAAAUAUCUGGACCUAGUUGGAAGACGUUCUUUGCCAUCGGCAAGGCCCCCGUCCCGUUCCGCAAAAAAUCACAUCGCUUGGGAGAGCUUUUUGGACUUGGAGAAUCUUUACCAGGGAGCCGUGGUGAGACGGUCACCUUGCGAUCCGCCAAAAGUGAAGAAUCUCUAACAUCUCAGGCUAGUCUAACAGGUCUCCCCAAAUUGCCUUCCCUGAGACGUCCACAUUCCAGCAGCGAUGCUUUCCCUACCCUCAAACAAUGCCACUCAUGUUCUUCUCUGGGUUCCUCUGUGUCCGGCCACGGUGAAGGCUUGGCCACUGGGGCAGACGAUGUGGCUUCCCGUCGGCGUUCCUCUUGGCUGGAAGGUGACUCAGAGCUGGACUCGGAGUUGGAAUUAAGUCCUCCUGGGCUUCGUGGUCUGGACUUUGACCCGCUAACUUACCAGUGUAGCCCUCCUGUGCAGCAGCCAUCCCUCUCGGACGACUCCAGCUCAGCGAGUCCUGUUGCGGCUCUCUCGCCCUGCUCACAUCCCACCGUCGGUCAAGAUGCAUCAGAAACGUCUGUUUCCUUGCCUGACAAAGUGCUGGAGAUGUUUGCUGGUGGGGAGUCCAGAGGGUUGAGCUCCCCUCCUCAUAUGAUCUCCAUGCUCCUGAGUACGGCAGGUGGACAACUCAGCAACUCUUGUGAACGGGAAGUCCGUGGCAAGAUUUCUCAAGCCCAAGAUCGUUUGUCUCCACCCAGUCCGAAGUCUGAAACCGCUCCCGUGUCUCCUGGUGCAUUGUCCCUGCUGCGGCAUAUCCCACCGCCUCCUCCACCCAAGAACCCGGCUCGCCUGAUGGCGCUGGCACUGGCUGAGAGUGCGCACCAGGCAACCUUGCAGCAAAAACGACAGGCCAGCCUGAAGCAGCGGGAACCCCGGACGCAUUUCCGGCGCUCCCUGUCACUGGAGUGCAAGGCAGGGGAGCUGACGAGUGGCGCACAAGCGCUCUACUCCAUGGUGCGGCCGAGCCCCAAGGUGCCUGGCCUCUCCCCUCUCCAGGCGCAGGCCAGGGGCAGGAGCAUCGGCAGCCAAAGCCGCAACCUAAAGGGAGGCAGCCAGGUGCCUCUCAGCCAAUCUUCUCCCUUGGGUAGCUCGGAUUCCUUUUCCCCUUACAGGAGGUUCCUCGCUGAGCUAGACCCGAGAGAUCCUCAGGCACUUCCCUUCUCGGAUCCCUACCACCUGUCCUCCCCAUCUCCCGCCUACGGUUUGCAUCCCCCACCCCUGUCUGUCCCCUAUCCAGCUUUCCGCCAGUCUCAAGACGCCUUUCCUUCCUCCAGCCCUUCGGCUGCCCCGCCUAAGCCCCCUCCCCCUCCCCACUUUCCCAUAAUGACCAGUCACUUGCCUCUCAAAACGAGGUCCUCCACUUUUCAGCCCUGCCUCACGGACCAUCCUCUCCGGCACCACAGCCACUUCCCGGCCUCCUCUCGACUGGGGGUCAAUGGGAGUCCCCCUUCUCAGCUGGAGCAUGAGAACCUCUAUUACGAGAUUGUGGGGGAGCCUCCUGCCUAUCCUGGCCUGGCACGUCCGUGGCCCUCUUGUCCGCCCCCCGAGUAUCUGGCCACUUUCAAUGCCUCCUACGGGGUCUUUGAGAGGCCCUGGCGCCAGACCCAUCUCCCCCCGGCUGCCUCCUCUCUUCAGCCCAUCUUAAAGAAUUCCCAGCUGCAAAUCCAGUCGAUGCCACCCGCGGUCACCCGUCAGGAGCCCAUCUACGUCAACGUGCCCUUCCCCGAGCCCCCGUUGGUCAGCCCCACGCCGUCCCCUCCCCCCGAAGCAGCCCAUCCCCGUAGUCAAUCGGACCCGGGAGCUCCUCAGGCUUUGCCCCAGCCCAGCAGACCUCCCCUGCCUCAGAAGCAGAAGCUGGCUUGGGGUUACACACCUUCAGGGCAACACCGCCAACUGAUGGACGUUUUGCCUUGCAGUCGUGCCGUGUGGCAGUUCUACCGCCCGCCCUCUGCGUGUUGGGGUCAUCCCUCUUACGGUCCGGAACCCAUUAUCACCUACGACGGGGCCGCCCCCCACGUGGGGAGCCAGGCCUCGGCACCCUUGCAGAAGCUGGAUGAAUCUUCCCCACAGUACGGCAAUGUGGAAAGGAGAGAGGGCUCUCCAUCCGGGUGCUACCUCGGACCCAGCUGGACAGUGUAUGCCGAGGGCCAGACGCACAGCUACUGCUGAGGGACACGCGGUGAGCAGAUGCACAGUUUGGAUCCUCGGGGCUGGGCUCCGGGUUUCUCUCCUUUCCUCUUCCUUGCCAGUAUUCAUGGAAUUACACGGUAUGGAUUGCUGUGAAAAAAAAUAAAAGACUUCGGAAGGAUCUAUCCGACUGGGUUACUCAGAGGUCGCGUCUUUGGCUCCCGCGUCGGGCAUUGUGCCUGCCUCGUUUGGAGAACCUCUUUAAGGUUUGGAGAGCACACGAAUCUUUCAAGGCAGGUCCUAUGAUCCCUGCAGGAGGUUUCUCUCCAGAAAAUCAGCAUGGACAUCACACCGAAGAACUCAGCAUGGCAUCAUUUCAGCCUUUGGGGGCACCGUAAUGCCUCUGCCAGUUCCAUUGUGUGUCCCAUCCUUCCUGUUUCGGUUACGCCCCGUGUUGCUUUGUUCCACCUUGCCCUCUUUCCAACCAUGGACUUCUAACUUCAGAGGAGAGGGUUUGCUUCCAAUGGGAUGACUGCAGCUGAUUCCUUCUGGAUUACAUCAUUUCGACCGCUUUGGCAACAUGAAUCACAAUAGGAUGCUUGGAAUCCAGCCAGGGCUGCUAACCGUGUUCACGUCAUGUGCGCUGAACUGACACAGAGAGGCGCUGUUGACCAUGUUUUGCUCACCGCUGGGGAAGACUGCAGGCUUUGGAGGGGAAGAGAGUGAGCGAGCCAUUAACAACUACCGGAAACCCUUGUUCCUCUUCUCUUCCAGCAUUCAAACCAAAAUAGUUCUAACUUGUCAUAAGCAUCCCUUUUAACCCAAUUAAAAUAUUAACCACCUUCCCCUGUUGGUUUUCCCAGAGAUCAAGCCAAUUCCUGGAAGAAAGCCAUCUCCUGGGCUGGGACAUAGAUGUCCAAGGAAAAGUAUAAGAUGCCCCCAAGGAAGGCAGACGGGCACACUCACAAGCUCCUUUUACAAGAGCACACACUCUUCGUGUGAGGUUGUAGCUAGGCAAGAGUGGCAUGUUGAGAAAAAGCUAGGGGGAGCAUGUUGGUCUCGUGCAUUUCUGUAUUUAUUUAGGAUUUCGGAAUGGGUGUGUGUGUGUUUUACAAAAGGACCGAGGGGUGUGGGGGAGGGGAGAGGAUACAUACGGUACGUGCCUAGCAUGGGAGGGCUCUGUGUGACUAAGCUGCAGGCUUGAUGUGUGCUCGAGAGCGGGAUUCAUGUCUACUUGAUAUGUACAUUCAUGUCUGGGGUUGGCGCAUGUGUGAGCGUGCGUGUCUGUGAAAGUGAUUGUGCAUGUUCCACAAGACAGUAUUUUAGAUAAUAUGGGGUAGGAGGAAGGGAGAGGCCUUUAUGCUUUCUUCCUCUUGAGCAGUCGUUGGGGACCAGAUUCGGUGGGGUUUCUCAACUUUGGUGAUUUUAAGAUAGCACCAGUAGCAGUAGCACUUAGACUUAUAUACCGCUUUACAGUGCUUUAUUACAGCCCUCUCUAAGCGGUUUACAGAGUCAGCCUGUUGCCCCCAACAAUCCUCAUUUUUACCCACCUCGGAAGGAUGGAAGGCUGAGUCAACCUUGAGCCUGGUGAGAUUGGAACUCCCAAAUUUCAGGCAGUCAGCAGAAGUAGCCUGCAGUACUGCACUCUAACCACUGCACCACCCGUGGCUCAUGUUUAAGAUACAUAUGCUGGCUGGGGAAUUCUGGGAGUUGAAGUCCACGCGUCUGAAAAGUCACCAAAGCUGAGAAACCCUGAAUUGGGGAAAGAAGAAAAUCCUCCCCACCCACCCACCCACCCUCCGGUAUCUCUAGCAUCGCCCCCUCCUCCCCAAAGCACUUUUCUUAGGCUCCUUUUCAAAUUAUUAUAUUGUCAGAUUUCAUUUGGAAAAAAAAAGUGGGGGGAGGGAAGAAACAAAACAAGCAACAAUGGGUAAUGCAUCACGGAGAAGGAAAAAUAUAUAUAUAUAUUUCCUGAAUGCAGUCCAGGUUUUAAUUCAAGCACUUUGGGAUCCUAUUGCUUUCAGAGAGAGCCAAGCACAAAUUUUAAGUCUCUUUCCCCUGAAAUCCAUAGCCUGCUCCUGGGCACGCUUGCUUGGAAGUCAGCCCCACAAAGGAAUGCAAGACUGAUGCCUGGGUUUGUGCACAACAAGAUGACAGCCUUAAUUGCGUUAUUUUGAAGCUUCCCGUGGGAUCUUUUUUUGGGGGGUGGGUGGGGUGGGUGGGUAAAGGGGUUGAAUUCCUCCAGAGUUUGGGAUCUGGGAUCUUGGCCACCCCAGCUGGCUGGCACUCUCGUGUGGCAAGAUCUAAAAGGUUCUUACUACAGACAUUCCCGGCUUAACAAGAACUUUAUUCAUCUCUCCAUCAGAAGGAUAUGCAAUUGAAUCCGACAUCUUCAACUCCUCCGAUAAAACAGCUUUCGGCGUAGAAAUGUCUCGACCUACGCUAAGAAUUUUAGAUCUGGGAUUGAUUCCCUCCUCCAGUUCCACAUCUGGGUUUAAACACAGAAAUUGCACUAGCUUGACCACUUUUUGUAACGAAACGAAACAAAAAUACCACCAUGGUAAAAACAAAACAAAACAAAAAAACUUCCCAGUUGUUCCACAUUUUCAAUAGCUUAUUUAGCUUGUUUUUCCAGGAACUUGAAAAAACAUUGGAAGCUGUUUCUCUUGUGGUUUUGCAAAGACAACACUGGGGGUGGGAAAAGGGGCUUAAUGAUCCAUGAAAGAAAAUAAUGAUGUUGGAACUUAAUCUGUGUUGUUGUUGGUUGGUUCAGGCUGGGGAGACAGAGCAACCUUGGGGAUGGUUAACUUAUCGUUAGUUCUACGUAAGGUUUAAUGUCCCAAGAUCUGGAGAGCAGCCAGGUUCACAAGUAAAUUCUGGCCAUCCUAAAUGAACCUUGAAAUGACCUGAAAAUAGAUGUAGGUUUCUACCAGCUUUCUACUACAACUUAAUUAUGGUGUGCUAAAGGGAUUGCCAAACACUUUUCUUUCAAUUUCAUGAGCUUCUAGCACUUGGCUAGGCAUUUCCACCUGAAUAUCACCAAACGUUAGAUAUUUUACAAGAUCGUUCCAUCAACACUUAUUUGACCAGAGAGAUUUAAGAUACAUAUUUUGCAGUUCUGACGUUAUGUGUGACUGGAUUCGAAGCAUAAAUGCAGCUUGUGGGAGGCUCUUUUAAUGCUUUUGACUACAGAGGUAGUCCUCGAGUUACGACUACAAUUGGAACCAGAGCUUUGGCCGCCCCAAAAAUGCAGUCGUUAAGUGAAUCAUGUGACUGGACCCAAAUUAACCAUUUUUGCUAUUGUUAAGCAAAUCAGAAAGUCAUUAACGUGAAUCGUGCAGGCAGGAUCUAGCUGGGAAGCUUGUAAAUUGCAGACACAUAACAAGAUGCUGCAACCAUUCUAAGUGUGAGCUGGUUGCCAAGCAACCAGAUCACAAGCAUGAAGCAAUCAUCGCAGGGAUGAUGUACCGGUAGUCCUCAACUGUUCAGAGUUACAACGGCACUGAAAACGGCGACUUACGACCAUUGUUCACUCUUAACGACCGUUGUGGCGUCCUCGUGGUCACGUGAUCAAAAUUCAGAGGCUUGGCAACUGACUCAUAUUUAUGACGGCUGCAGUGUCCCCGGGGUCAUGCGGUCCCCUUUUUGUGACUUUCUGGCAAGCAAUGUCAAUGGGGGAAGCCGGAUUCACUUAACAACCCUGUUACUAAAUUAACCACAGAAGCGAUUCGCUUAACAAACGUCGCAAGAAAGGUCGUAAAAUGGGGCAAAAUUCACGGAAGCACGUGUCUCGCUGAACAACAGAGAUGCUGUGCUCCUUUGUGGCUGUAAAUCGGGGAUUAUUUAACAAUGAUGGAACGGUCAUAACUUUGAGAGUGGGUGGUAAGUCACUUUUAUCGUGUCGAUUGUAACUUUAAACGGUCGUUAAAUGAAUGGCUGUCAGCCGAGGACUACGUGCAAAGCACAGUGCAGCUCAAGAGGACUCCGAUCUGGGAAUCUGAAUAGAACUGGUUCCAUGCUGAUCAUAUUUUCCCCCCGGCAGGUUAGCUCUGUCUCUACCCAUUGCACAAAAUUGGAUGUUAGAUUUCUGAGAUGGAAGAAUGGGUCAUUCCUGCAGCCUGCAGUUGAUUUUUGAAUCUUCCUUGACUGGGCAGAUUGUGAUGCUUUGUUCUUAACCAUGUGUGUUUUCCCCUCUGCAAUGUAUGCAGGAGCACCAAACCAUCCUAUUUGCAGCUGUAGCUUAAGUGGCCACAGUUGCCCCUCGCACGCCGUGGCCUCCUGCCACCUUAUUCUGCCGCAUGUGGGCCAGCCACGGCUUUACAUGAUGCCUCCGUGAGAGAGGCAGUACUUCGAACGGGAAGCAGAUGACGUGACCGUCCCGUGUUCCCCCGAUACUGUGAAGCGAUCACUGCCAUACUGGCAUGUCUUAUCUAUAUGUGCCUGUGUUUUUUUUAACAGCCCAUGUUUCCUUGUUGCCUCUGAUGUGCUGCAGUUCUUCUUUUUUGGAUAUAAGUUGACUUCCCUUUUUUUCUGGGAUUCUUGUACUAAAUGGCUUAAUUCCAACCAAUUAACAAAUAAAGGCAAACUGGCAAGCUUG